AGCAUCCAUUUAAACAGGGAAAGGUGGUUGAGGCGACGUUCACACCAACAGAAGCAACAAGCAACUCUGAGGUCCCCAAGGACUCUAUAAUAGGGGAAGGCUGACUUCUGCUGCUCUAGAGAAAAAGAAAGCAGCCUAACCUUCUUCCAUAGGUACUGUUCAUGCAUGAUAUCCAAGACAUCUAUGUUGGAUGGUUCCGUUUCGUCUUUGAUAUCAAGUGGCUUAGAGAAAACCUUGGUUUCUCAAUUUUUUUUUAGAGUUCUUGAAUGGAGUUGGCAUCCUUCUUUUCUUUCUAAUUUUCGAUAUCGUGGUACAAUUUCAGCCCUUGCCUUCUUUUUUUUAACUGAAUGGUUUGCAGCUGUUCUGAGACAUGGAUAUGGGCUUGUUUCUUCUUUGGAUCCUCAUUAACUAGCUAAAUUCUUUGCUUGGACCGAAAGGAGUUAGAAUUGAUUUCUAUAGCACUAAUUUUUAUUCUUGAUGCAGGAUAUCUUUGUUUUUGAUACAAAGGGAGCAGCAGUCUAAUGGAGGCAUCAGUUGCAAGAUGGUUCCCUGAUAUGGGAAUGGAGGAUCCUAGUUUCUUCCAUCAGUGGGAUACCAACUCCUUGGAUCAGGUCACUGCGCAGCAGCUUGCAGUGGCUCUUGGGCAGGACUUCCAGCAGUCGCUCUCUUCAGAGAGCUACACCUCCUACCCUCCCUUCCAGCCGCCAGGCAGCACCACAUCAAACACCUUUAGCUGCUCAUCCAUGGAUACCAGGUGUGCCGAAAGGCCCAAGAAAGUCCUCAAGGCCAGCAGCUGGAAUUCUUGCACCACCGAGCAGAACCCGGCUCCGGCGACCACCGAUGCCUCGUCUCCGAGCAUCCUUUCCUUCGGCAACCUGGACUCGCCAAGGAAUCAAUCUGACUUAUACGAGAGAUUAGUUGGGGCUGUGAGGCCAAAGGAAGAGAUGGAGAUCUUGAUUCCUCAUGGCUCAAAGAGAAGCUAUGAAAACAUGGUUGGACAAGGACCUAAGAGGAUGAACAUGGGGGCUAGGCCUUCUUCUCAUAACCAAGACCACAUCAUUGCGGAGAGGAAGCGAAGGGAGAAGCUGAGCCAGAGAUUUAUAGCACUGUCAGCAAUCAUUCCUGGUCUCAAGAAGAUGGACAAGGCUUCCGUUCUUGGAGAUGCAAUCAAGUAUCUGAAACAACUUCAAGAGAAGGUGAAAAGUCUUGAAGAGCAGAAUACGAAAAGGACAGUUGAGUCAGCAGUUCUAGUGAAAAAGUCUCAGCUUUCUUCUGACGACGUUGGCUCCUGUGAUGAGAAUUUUGAUGGGCAUCCCUCUGGUGAAUCCCUCCCAGAGAUUGAGGCCAAGAUGUCCGAGAAGAGUGUCCUCAUUAAGAUCCACUGUGAGAAAAGCAAAGGGAUAUUGGUGGAGGCACUCUCCGAGAUUGAGAAACUCCAUCUCACCGUCAUCAACGCAAGCGUCAUCCCCUUUGCCAGUUCCUCCCUUGAUAUUACUGUUGUGGCUCAGGUUGAUGAGGAGUUCUCCAUGACAUUGAAGGAUCUAGUGAAGAAGCUAAAUUCAGCUUUCAGGCAGUUCGUGUGAGGAAGCCAAGACAGUCUUGUACAAAAAAUGGCGGUGGUGAUGAUGGUGGUCCUCUUUUUAUUAGUCUCAAGAAAAAUAUAGGUCUAGUGGUUAGCUAGCUAUUGUCGGUUCCUAAAAUUUUUAGACUUUUUUCUGCUUCUGAAAAUAAGGCCUUCGACCCCCUCAUACUUUAAAGAUCACCAUUUUCACUUGUUUUUGCUGCAUGGGUUUUUUCUUCUCUCUUUUUAAUCUCUUCUCUCCACCUUUUUUGGCAUGGUUGAAGCACUCGGCCAUGUUCUUCUAGGAGAGAAAAGACUAACAACAUGAGGCUUUUUCUGGGCUCCGUUGGGGAGAUUGACUUUUCGGAACCUCUCCCCCCUUUUCUUAUGGCCUUUUUUUCUGAGGGGUUUGAGUUUUCAAACCUACCUCUUGCCUUCCUUUCCAUCUAUCUCUAUUCCCAAAAGCUGGUCUGUAGAAAAAAAAAUGUGCUCUUUUUUUCUUGUGUGGGGGUCAAAUUGGCCUUAUCUCUGAAGCCUGGGGUCUUUUUUUUUUUUUUUUUUUUUUUUGAGGGUCUUAUGAAUAAUUCCUACUUGUGUCCCUUUUCUCCUUCUGUUGUUUUCUUGUGAAAAGGUGUUUAGAAACACCCACUAUGUUGCUGUUCUAUUGGACAAAAUGUAUGAAUAAAAAUACCUACUUGUUUCGGUGCAUGA